UGUGAGUGUGACAGGAUGGCAGAGGAAAAGCGCCAGAGUCCUGGAAUUAGGAUCUGCACCGUUAUUCAAAGUCAGAUUGCGAUUUACACCACACGGACCCCGGAGCGCAGCGGAGCAGUCCGUCAUGUUUGCUGAUACGCGUCCGGAACUUUAUGACAAAUCAAAUCGCAUUUUUCUGUGAAAUACUGCUUGGAAAAAGUAUGGACAACAGCUGCUUUGAGGACUCGUAAUUGCGCUGCGCUCAAAAGCACAAGAGUAACAACUUCUCUUUUUUUAGAAAGGCGACAGAGUGACAUUUCUGUGCGCCGCUCGUUUGCCCGUCACAUUCGUAAAGUGCUACAAAAUUAUUCCGUUUCAUAUGGGACAUGGAGGAAAGAAAGUGCAUGAUGGAAUUAUGACAUGAUGGAUAUAAUUUAUUGCUUCAGUGACAGGAGUGCUGUCAUUUGUUAACAGAAGUGAGUGUUGCAGUAUACCGUGGUGAUCUAUCCAUUCAUACUCAGAAAGGAGUAACUUGUCUCUGUCUCAGCAUUGAUACUUUAAGUUAUUAUCACCCAGAAAAGAUUGUGCCCUGAUGUCAUGGGCUGACCUGGGACCGCACAGUUGAUAGUGUGGGGGACAAUGUCGGGACCCUGCGUCCGCAUCCCGUUUUGGGUUCGUGUGUUUCUCCUGCUGCUGCUUCACAGAGUCUCUGCGGGCUGUCCGGAGCUCCUCUCCAGCGGCUGCAGCUGCGCGGAGGACCGCGGUAAAGCUCACCCUGCGCCCGGAGCGCGGAGGAAAGUCAGCUGCGGUGGGAAGGAGCUGACCGAAACGCCAGAAGUCAAUCUGCUCCCCAACAGGACCGUCUCUCUAAAUCUGAGCAACAAUCGUAUCCGUGUGCUGAAAAAUGGCUCCUUCACCGGCUUGUACUCCCUCGAGAAGCUGGAUCUCAGGAAUAACUUAAUCAGCACCAUCAUGCCUGGAGCCUUUCUGGGUCUCACAGCUCUUCGAAAACUUGACCUAUCCAGUAACCGAAUUGGCUGCCUGACUUCAGAAAUGUUCCAGGGACUUACCAACCUCACUAAAUUAAACAUCUCUGGAAACAUAUUUUCCUCUCUGGACCCGAAUGUGUUCACGGAGUUACACUCUCUAAAGCUGCUAAACUUUCAUUCCGAGUUCCUGUCAUGUGACUGCGGUCUGCGCUGGGUCCCAGGCUUUCUCCGCAGCAGUUCCGCUCGGCUCGGGGAUGAAACACUCUGUGCGUAUCCCAGACGGCUUCAGAACAAACCCUUACGUCUCCUUAGGGAGAGUGACUUCAGCUGUGAGGGUCCGUUGGAGCUGCACACGUUGUCUCUGUUACCCUCGCUGCGGCAGGUCGUGUUUAAGGGGGACAGGCUGCCUUUUCAUUGCACUGCUUCCCUGGUUGACAAAGUCACUACCCUUCACUGGCGACACAACAGUCAGCCUGUCACCAGUGACCCUACGAAUGGGGUUCAUUUAGAAGAGAGUGUACAACAUGACUGCACAUUCAUCACCAGUGAGCUGAUCCUGUCAAAUGUCCACGUUGAAGCGAGUGGUGAGUGGGAGUGUGUGGUGUCCACGGGCCGUGGGAACACCUCACGCAGUGUGGAGAUAGUGGUGCUGGAGAACAGCGCCUCCUUCUGUCCGGAGCAGAGAGUGACCAACAACCGAGGGGAGUUCAGGUGGCCUAGAACUCUAGCUGGCAUCACCUCCUACCAGUACUGUCUGCAUCUGCGCUAUCCCUCCUUAACUAUAGGGGGUGGUGUGGAGCAGAAGAAGGCUUCACGAAACUGUGACCGCUCUGGACGCUGGGAGGAGGGAGACUACUCUCAGUGCCCAUAUACUAAUGACAUCACACGGGUCCUACACACCUUCAUACUGAUGCCCAUCAACUCCUCCAACGCUGUGACUCUGGCGCACCAGGUGCGAUCAUACACUCUGGAGGCCGCCGGUUUCACUGACACGGUGGAUGUUCUUUGUGUGGCUCAGAUGAUGCACAAAUUCAAGGACUAUAUAACAGAACUGCGUGAGCUGUCUGAGGUGCUGGUUGAAAUGGGCAGUAACCUGAUGCAGGUAGAUGACCAGAUCCUGGCUCGGGCCCAGAGAGAGGAAAGAGCCUGCAGUUCAGUCGUCCACACACUGGAGACUCUCGCCUGGCCUCAGCUGCACUCACACGCACAGGACCUUUCCAAAAAUUCUCGUAACAUUGUGAUGGAGGCUCACAUGAUUCGCCCUGCUCAUUUUACUGGCAUGAGCUGCACGGUCUAUCAGAGACGAGAGGGGGCAGGAGGGAGCCAGGUGCAUGAUGGGAUUGAAUUUUCCCUUGAGCAGCAACUGCGAUUUCGCUGCACCACAGGAACACACAACACCUCUCUGAACGCUUUCCAUCUCAAGAAUGCAGUGGCUCUUGCUUCAGUGUCUCUCCCUGCAUCUCUUUUUCCUCCGAAUGCUCCUCCUGACUGUAAGCUGCAGUUUGUGGCAUUCCGCAAUGGAAGAUUCUUCCCAUAUACCAGCAAUUUUACCGGGCCUUCGGACCUUGCCCGCAGACGUGGCGUCAACACGCCAGUUAUCUAUGUUGGCCUUGAUGGAUGCAGCAUGUGGAAUCAGUCCGAUCCCAUUAUUGUGUCUCUAAGACACACUUCACCUGGAAAUUACCCUGUAGCUGCCCAUUGGAGCUUGCAGGCGCUGGAGCAUCAUGGGAGUUGGAGUCUAGAUGGCUGUCAGCUGGCCCGUAGCGAUGCGUCCACCUCUACACUGCACUGCUCUGUGCUGAGCAAUUAUGCUGUACUACAGGAGAUGCCAGAUUUCCCAGGUGCACCUUCAGUUCCAGUGGAAGUGCUUCAUCCAGUAAUCUACACGUGCACCGCAGUGCUACUCCUGUGUCUCUUCACCAUCAUCAUCACCUAUAUACUGCAUCACAGCUCUAUCAGAAUAACAAGGAAGAGUUGGCACACCCUCCUGAACACUAGUUUCCACAUCGCAAUGACGUCCGCAGUAUUUGCUGGAGGCAUCACUCUGACCGGCUACCCAAUUGUAUGCCAGGCAGUGGGGAUUGUUCUUCACUACUCUUCUCUGUCCACUUUGUUAUGGAUCGGUGUUAGCGCCAGGGUAAUAUAUAAAGAAGCUUUAUUGAGGACUCCACAACAAGUAGAAGGCGAGACUGCUGUACAACCAACCCAGCGGCCCAUGCUCAGGUUUUAUUUGAUAGCUGGCGGUGUCCCACUCAUCAUAUGUGGUAUUACUGCAGCUGUAAACAUCAAUAACUAUGGAGACAACAUUCCUUACUGCUGGUUGGUAUGGCAACCCAGUUUCGGGGCAUUCUACAUUCCAGCUGGAUUGAUCAUUCUGGUGACCUGGAUCUACUUCCUGUGCACUGUCUUCUGCCUGAGGCACCAAAACUUCCAGGAGUCCAAAGAUCCUCCAUGUUCCGCCUCAAACCCCUCAACCUUGCCAGAGAGUCAACCAGCACUCAGUGGCAGCACCAGUCUUCUCUCAACGGACUCUGUCGGCCCAGUGCAUGCUGGGACGAUAGUGGAGGACCAGUACUCAUUGAAGGUCCAAUGUUUGGCGCUGGUGGCGACACAGUUUGUGUUUUUGGGGCUGUGGUGCUGUGGCGCUAUGGCCGUUUGGCACGUGGAUAGAGAGCGGAAACUCUUCAGCUGCCUGUAUGGAGGAACGGCUACCGGAUUAGGGAUCUUCUUGGUGCUCCAUCACUGUUUCAAGCGUUUGGAUGUCCAGGCAGCGUGGCUAGGGUGUUGCCCCGGGUACCGUCGCUCCCAACCCAUGCCAGCCUAUUCCCAUCCCUGCACUGCCACUGUAGGCGUCCAGAGUGCCUCAGAAAGGGGCUCCCAAAUUUUUGUAGGAUGCCACCCACCGACGGAUCCCAACAAUUACUCUUCUUCUGCCAGGUCGUCAUCUACUCAAAGUGGAACGACAAGCAUUGCCGCUGGGCCUUGCAAACUCACCAACCUCCUCCAAGUGACGCAAGACAACGUGAACAAUGCCACCCGGGCACCGACGGGAACUAAUACCAACUCAAGCACAAACACGGAGAACAACAAACCGGCCAACAACCUGCUGCCCACUCUACUGCCUGUCCAGCAACCUCAAAGGAGGAAGGCUUGUAGUAGAACCAAGGGUGGCAAUACCCAGUACCAUCACAGAGGGGACGCUAGAGGGCACUACCGCCUCAAAGCUCUCAGAGCGGGUGGAGGAGGUAGCAUGGGUGCUUUGGGACCCUCUGGGACAGAGCAAUCAAACAUCCACCUCCUACACAAACAUGCUUCCAGCGAGAAUGGAAGUCUACGGAAUAGCCAUUCAGAGAGCCAGAACGGCCUUCUGACCAAUGGACGGCACCGAGGGGAGGGACUAGUGACAAGCCCUUCGGAAGGAAGUGAUGGAGGUAGUAGCGGAAGUAGAAAACCUUUUCCACUGUUGCCUUCUGUGGCAAGUAGGGCCGCCAUGCAGCAGAACGCUCAACGCCGUAGCGCUAGCAAAGACAAUCUUAAAAUGGCUGCCGCAACUGAGAAAGAGUCGAAGCGGAGCUCGUUCCCACUAAACGUGACAUCAAAUGUCACUGCGACGCCCUCAUUGUCGACAGUUUCAGCACCAAAUGGAACACUAAAGAGAUCCGUGCUGGAACUGGACACUAGCGGAACUGACCAAUCACAGGGUUCGGUUGGUAUGAAGAGCAGGGUAUGGAAGAGCGAGACAACUGUAUAAUAAUGAACUGUGGUUAGAGUUGAAAGACUUUUGAAGGUUUCUUGAAGGUGUGACCUGAUGCUAAGAGCCAAAGCAUGGAUUUCUUUCUCCACAACCCUGCUGAAUAAACUACCUUAAAAUGGUUUGCUGGUCUUAGUUGGUCUGUUGGCUGGUUUUAAGGGAAUUUUGGACACUUUUUCCUCCCAACUAAACACCAGCUUAGCCAGGCCAGCUACACCAACUAACACGGGUAAACCAGCUUAGUAGUGUUGUAGAACUUAAGACCGGAUGAGUCUGCCUCCAUAUUUUCAUAUGUUCUUGUCUCGGACACCAAAGCUGGUCUCGAGUACUACAACACUUCGACAAAUCUGACAUAUCUGCUGUGUCUCUGGACUCCGGUCC